AUGGCUGAAGAAGCAACAAUGAGUGGAUCCCUGCUGAAGGGAGUUUUCAGACGAGAUGAAAUGCGACUGAAGGAAAAGGAGGAAUGCGUAGCUGAUGAACCCGACAGCGUGCCAUGCACGCCUAUCACUCCGGUUAUCACCACAUUUCCAAUCAAAAUCAAAAAUAUUAAAAGUGCUGGUUCAGAUAACGGAGGACUUAAAUCCCAAGUCAUUAGCGAACAGACAAAUGGUAGUGCUAUGGAGGAUCCAACACCAGAAGCCUACAUAACUUUUUCGGUGCGCAUACGCUUAAAAGAAGGACGCAACCUGGUAAUUCGGGAUAGUUCAGGUGCACCACCUUUCCUCUCGGUGGUGCACAAGAGUUUGAACCCAGUUUGGGAAGAAGAAUUCACACUUCUCAUUGAUGAUCCGACCAUGCCCAUUCAAGUGGAUGUAUACGAUUACGACCGAUGGGCCACCGAUGAUUAUAUGGGUGGAGCUGUUAUUGAUCUCAGUCAGCUUAAACUUUUUCAGAUGACGAUCAUGAAACUGAAGCUUCAUGAAGAAGGAUGUGAAAACUCAGGAGCCAUCGAUGUAGUCGUUACAGUGACACCGCUAACAGCUCAUGAGAAGGAUGAAUUUCUAAAAAAAGCAACACGCGGGAUUAUUUGUGAGCGACCAAAGAAGACACCACCAAAAACUACCCAGGUUUGGACAUCCGUAGUGAAUAUUGUUUUGGUCGAAGGACGAAAAUUAUCAAUUCCGGACAGCCCCAAAAACAGCUUUCCGGAUUCGUUUGUGAAAUUCAAGCUAGGAGGCGAAAAAUACAAAAGCAAGCCGGUCUUGCGAAGCAGUAAUCCGAAAUGGCUGGAGCAGUUUGAUUUGCAUAUGUUUGAUGAAACAAAGCAUGUUCUGGAAAUGAUAGUCAUCGAUAAGAGGACCAACAUCCCCAUCGGCAAAUGCACCUUGGAUUUAGAUAAACUGGAGAAGGAGACACCGAAUCAGCUGCUCUGUGAGCUCGAUCGAGGCAACGGGUCGAUACUUUUACUGAUAUCGGUAACGGGUACGACAUCUACGGAUGCAGUUGUUGACUUGUCCGACUUCUCCAACGACGACAUCCGGAAUGUUCUUCUCGAAAAAUAUGUUGUGUUUCGCGCUCGGAAUUUGGCGCCUGUGGAUGCGAUGAAUAAGAGCAACCCGUUUGCUGUGGUGGAGCUGGUAAAUGCACUGCUACAGACACAUACUGAAUACAAAACCGUCAAUCCAGAGUGGAACAAACUUUUCACUUUUGCAGUAAAAGAUAUACACACGGCUCUCGAAAUCACCGUUUAUGACGAAGAUGCCAGCAAAAAAGCGGAAUUUUUGGGCAAAGUUGAAAUUCCCUUGCUGCAGAUUCGAAACUGUGAAUCAAAAUGGUACGUGCUGAAGGACCGUAAAUUACGAUCUCCAACAAAGGGUCAAAUUUUAUUGGAAAUGGAUGUCAUCUGGAAUCCUGUAAGCUCCUCAAAAAGACUUAUGUGGCCUAAAAAUGCGAAGAGCGUUUCGAUUAAAAACGAUAGUAAAAUUUUUGGUAUGGGAAUGUUUCGGCACGCAAAUUUACACUAGAA